AUGGUGAGUGAGAAGGUUGGAGGUGCGGAGGGAACCAAACUGGAUGAAGACUUCAAGGACCUCGAGAGGAGAGCAGAUAUCACCAGCAAAGCAGUGGUGGAAGUCAUCACUAAAACAUCAGAGUACCUCCAGCCUAAUCCGGCAACGAGAGCUAAGCUUUCCAUGCUGAACACAGUGUCCAAAAUCCGCGGGCAGGUGAAGAGUCCGGGCUACCCCCAGCCUGAGGGCCUCCUGGGGGAGUGCAUGACUAAGUAUGGACAGGAUAUGGGCUACGACACCAACUUUGGUGGGGCUUUAAUAGAUUUUGGGGAGUCAAUGAAGAGGAUGUCUGAGGUCAAGGACUCUUUGGAUAUUGAUGUGAAGCAGAACUUUAUUGACCCACUGCAGGGAGUUGCUGAGAAGGAUAUCAGAGACAUUCAGCACCACCUGAAGAAGCUGGAGGGUCGCCGGCUGGACUAUGACUAUAAAAAGAAACGGCAAGGUAAAAUUCCAGAAGAAGAGAUCAAGCAGGCCCUGGAGAAGUUCCACGAGUCCAAAGAGCUGGCUGAAAGCUCCAUGCACAACCUGCUGGAAACAGAUGUGGAGCAGGUGAGUCAGCUGUCUUCUUUAGUGGAGUCUCUGCUGCAGUACCACAAACAGGCCUCGCAAAUCCUGGAGGAGCUUUCUGACAAACUGAGAGAAAGGAUGAAUGAUGCUCAGUCUCGUCCAAGGCGUGAAUACACACCUAAACCCAGACCAUCCUUUGACUAUGGAGAAGAAUCCAACGGAGGAUACUCACCAUCUGCAACAAGCCCUUCAGCUUACUCCUCUGCCCCAGCGCAAUAUCCAGUUCCAUCCUUCCAAAGAGCCUCCAUCAAGAGCAGACAGCAGCCGUGCUGUAAAGCCCUGUAUGACUUUGAGCCAGAGAACGACGGAGAACUGGGCUUCCACGAGGGCGACAUCAUCACCUUGGUCAAUCAGAUCGAUGAGAACUGGUUCGAGGGAAGCCUUCGCGGCAAAUCAGGAUUCUUCCCCAACAACUAUGUUGAAGUGGUGGUGCCUUUGUCACACUGAAAUCAGCAAGGCAAGAGGGUGACAGCGUGAUGGAGAGGAUGAAUAGGGUGAAUUAUUAACUUUCUAUGAUCAACAGAUAUUUUUCCUUAAUUGUAAUUAAAGGGUAAACAUCUCAAGAUGGACCUAAUUUUGUAUUUAGGAGUUAUCUGAGGAAAGAGCCUAUUUUAUUCCGUCACAUUAUGCCAAUAUUUAAUGGAUUUUUAAAAACAGUAAGAACAGAGGGAUGUUCAAUCAGAACAAUGAGGGUAUGUUUGGGUGCAUUUACCUUAUCCUCACAUCCUUACACUCGUUCUCUAUGCACCUGAGCACUUCAUACACUACACCUCCACCACUGGGACUGAUCAAAGCAACAUCCACAAACACUUGCAGCAACUUUAUUCGUAGCCUAUUUUAUAUUCACAAGAUGAUAUUUCUUAUUCUAUGUAUUGUUCAUAUUGGUACGACACCCGUGCAUGUAUACACAUGCUUUCUUCUAAGCAGUUUUCUACACUCCCAGUUUUCAUUACUGUGCCUUCAGGCUUUAGUACUGUUGUCAUCAUAGUGUAGUUGGAGUCAACAUGGAGGAAUGGCUGCCUUUUGUCGAUGUAUUGAGACUAUCCUCUACUGCCACCUGGUGGAACUAAAAAUACAGAUAUAUUUAAAAAUAGCUGGAGCCACUCAGCAGGAAAUAUAUACUGAUUGCUGUAUGAAAUGUUUUUUUUCAUUCUUAACACUACUGUUUAUCAGACACUUAUUCAAGACAAAAAAAGGUAAUUUCUAAAGAGCGAGGGGGUGUCCAUAAAUAUGCUUAGCUUUAUAAUCUUUAUCACACCAAUAGUUGCUAAGUUGUUAAUGCUUUAAUUUACCUUCAGCUCUUCAUGUUUCUCACUGCACUCCACUCUCUUCUCUUAGAGCUGUUGCCAAAGAAAGGUUGCACACUUUCCAGAUUGGAUGAGGCUGCUGUUUGUCAUUAAAAGAAAACAUGUUUCAUACAGCCUAUUUACUUCACAGUUUUUAAAAUGAAAAUUAGACAUUUCUUGCCACUACAGUGCAACCCACAACUAUGUGACAUGAUUCACCCCUGCCCCAGAAAUGUUGCAGCAUCACACCAAAGCCAUAUGCAUGCAUCUUUCGGUUCCACUAUUCUCUCAGGCUCUAUUGAUACUGCUGGCAGUGUCGCUCACAAUAUUUUGUGGCCCUUUGCUUAACUGUUGUCAGUGAUUUUUCAGUCUGUGAUUUGUUUUCCCCCUAUAGUCCUGGGCUAAGCUUGGCUUUAGUACUCUAACCUGUAAUUUGGAGCAUGGAAAUUAAUCUGAUGUGUUUCGGGUGUUUUUGUACCGGCCUCAGUUUUCAGGCUGAAACUGUGCACCAGACCUGACAGAAAAUGCUAUCUCCAAACUACUGCGUUAAUAAUUUACUAAUAAUGAGGAAGGCCUGUACACAAUAGCCGGUUUCAGUUUCAAUUAAGUCUAUUACAAGCUGACUAUGGGCUGUGAGGGUUUGUGCUGUUCACUAAAAUGCCAACUUUCUCCUCUUGUCAUGAUCCCCUUGUUAGACCGCCCCCCGCCCCACUCAUCUCUCCAGUCUCUGUUAAAAUUGGGAGCGGAACAGACAGGUCUUUUCAGCAGGGAAGGGCACACAGCAGUGGCCCUCCCUCCCCCACUGGUCUUUAUUCACCACCUGCCCCUGUGCCCCGACCCCCUUUCUCAUUAUCGGCCCCAUCCCAAUCCCAUGGUUCCUCUGGAGCUCAGUCUCCUGGUCCUUCCCUGGAAUAAUCUCUUCAUUGUUCGUACAUAUCGUAGCAUGUGCCUCUUAAAUGUUAUGUUUGCAUGCCUCCUAUGUUUCAUUCAUGUUAUAUAUAUAUAUAUAUAUAGGGCCAGGGGUUUUGGCUGUGCAGAGUAAUAACUGUGGUUCAGGUGUGGGUUUACAUGCCUCAUUACACUAAGUCAAAAGCCCAAAGUUGGAGAGGGAAAAGGAGGGUCAGGGGUUCAGGAUCAGCUUGUGUAAUGUUGAUGGUGAAUAAUGUUGUGAAACAAAGGGAUGAGAUCAGUUCUUGUGUGCUGCUGCAGUCACAGCAAGUAUUAUCAGACUUUAAAGCUUUAUUUUAUUAUGCCUAAUGUUAAUGGAAUUUUUCUGUGAUAAAAUGUAACUGCUUUGCAUGUGUCUUCAUUACACCUUCUGUGUCUUAGGCAAUGCCUUAUUCUUGUAAUUGUGACACUGUGGGGAGACUAAACGUGGGAUUAUCCUGGAUUAUCUUUAGGAUAUAUGGAUUACCUCUAUACUAAGUGUAAUCUUCUUUGUAUUGUAUAUUUUUGUUACUCUGUAAAAGGGAAUGGAUGCUGUUCAUUCACUUCUUCAAAUAAAUAAUUAAGUCAUUUGGC